AUGGAUAAUUCUGGAAAAGAGAAAGAAGCCAUGCAACUGAUGGCUGAUGCAGAGAAAAAGGUGAAAUCAUCGCAUUCCUUUCUUGGAGGUUUAUUUGGAGGCAACACAAGAGUGGAAGAGGCAUGUGAAAUGUUCGCCAGAGCUGCAAACAUGUUCAAGAUGGCUAAAAACUGGAGUGCUGCAGGGAAUGCGUUUUGCCAAGCCGCCAAACUGCACCUACAGUUACAAAGCAAACACGAUGCUGCCACCAGUUUUGUGGAUGCUGGGAAUGCGUACAAGAAGGCAGACCCACAAGAGGCCAUCAACUGCUUAAAUGCUGCUAUUGACAUAUACACAGAUAUGGGGAGGUUUACAAUUGCAGCAAAACACCAUAUCACCAUCGCAGAGAUUUAUGAAUCUGAGCUGGUAGAUAUUGAAAAGGCGAUUGCUCACUAUGAACAAGCUGCGGAUUACUAUAAAGGAGAAGAGUCGAACAGUUCUGCUAAUAAGUGUCUGCUGAAAGUAGCAGCCUAUGCAGCCCAGCUGGAACAGUAUCAGAAGGCAAUCGAAAUCUACGAGCAGGUUGGGACCAACACCAUGGAUAAUCCACUCCUGAAAUAUAGUGCAAAGGAAUAUUUCUUCAAAGCAGCGUUGUGUCAUUUUAUUGUUGACGAGCUCAAUGCUAAGCUUGCUCUGGAGAAGUAUGAAGAAAUGUUUCCAGCAUUUUCCGAUUCACGAGAAUGCAAACUUUUAAAGAAAUUGCUUGAAGCUCAUGAGGAACAAAAUGGUGAAGCUUACACUGAAGCAGUGAAGGAAUUUGAUUCUAUAUCACGACUGGACCAGUGGUUGACAACAAUGUUACUGCGCAUCAAAAAGUCCAUUCACGGAGAAGGGGACCUCAAGUGAAUUAGCUUUGCAUACACUUGAGGCAUUUUGCCAAUUGUGACAUGCUAUUGUGUGUGUGCUAGGUUGUGACAAAUAUGGAUAUAUCUGUUUCAAUGUUAAUAAUUCAGUUUUGUUUCCUUUGUUUUAAUAUACCUGAUUAAUGUUUCAUUUUAAAUAUAUUGUUUU